AUGCUGUGCAUCAUCUUGUGGAACCUUUGCGUGUAUCGCGAACUUCGAAACAUCUGGCUGAACCUGCAAGCGAUGAUGCAGCUGCCACGUGCACAAUCCACGGAGCUGCACCAGGGAACCUUCCGAAGUCUCUCUUGCUUGCGGUUUUCCAUCAUUGUGACGGCCCACCUGCUUCGUGCGGCACUCGCAAUUGCACUGCUGGUCGGUGGAACGCAGUGGCUAGGGCGCACCACCUCCAUUGUGGACCUGAUCCUGAAUGCCGUGGCUCUGAAUGGCAUCUUGGACAUCGACGAUUUCCUUUUCGAGGCAAUGGUGCCCACGAAGAUCCAGUUGGCAAUCCAAAAGCUGCAGCCGAUACAGCUGAAGUACACGAAAGGCAAGAGCCAGGUGGAGUCGGCUUUCAACUUCACGAUGUUGCUCAUAAUGAUCUUGGUGCCUUACCUAGUGCUCAUCGUGCCGCUGACCCAGAGAAUGCUCGAAGUGAAGCGGGAGAUGUGCUUCGGCAUCCAGAACUUCGUCGUCGCCUACAACGCCGAUGUCGGGAUGGCCUACGGGCUCAUGACCAACGAGAAGCGCUUCGAGAAUGUGCUGACCUUGGCCGAGGAGGCCGUGAACGAAUACAAGUUCAAGCUAGACGGGCCCUGGACGCCGGCGUCGGAUGAACUUCCGCCUUCGCCCAAUUUCAUGCAGAUGGGCCUCUACACCCAACAGUUUGAAUUCGGCCGCAUCCGAAAGAUGGCGGAGGAGGCCGCGUACUGGCCGGUGUGUUGGGAGCGGGAUAUAGAUCCGUACGGCCCGGCAGAGAAUGCCUCGGAGUUGGUUGCCAUCGCGCACAGCCGAAUGAGAGCCGCGGCAUUCAACCUUGGCCUCGGCACCAAUGUCACUCCCACCUGCGCCGAGCUGCGCAAUACAUGCUAUGAUCCAGAUGCACGGAUGGUGCGGCUCAUGUGCGGCCAAACAUGCGGCUGCACAGAUCCGCUCGCACCUCCCUGGUACAAACAAAAAGCGGAGGGCUGCGCUGAGAUGUGUCUCCUGCAGAGAGAGUCGCGGAUGAGGGCAUUGCCUUGCCAGGACUUCCCUCAAGCCGGUGCGCAAGAGAGUUGGAACCAAUUCUGGGACAACUACGCCCUGGCCGUUUCUGCCUACUACGGGCAGGAUCGACUCGAGUUGGGCGACAUGAGUGCGGUAAGCAUGAUGAAAGCGGGUGGCUGCCCGAUGCUGCAAGCCGUUCCGAAGGACCCCAUCACAGGGGAGACCUGGUGUCUGGGCGCGGCCACUCUCUUCGGUCCGCUCAGCUAUCUCUGCCCGGAAGCUUGCGGCUGCCGGAACCAGACUUCGGAUUCCGAGUUGGGACUGCUGUGCCCAAGCAGCUGCUUUCCGUGA